AUUCAUUCCCUUCCCCUUCCCCUCUUUCACACUACCUUGGGUACUGUCUCCUCUCCAGUCUUCCUCUUCACUCCCUUUGCUACCUUCUUCCUCUUCCGAGGUUGCCAAUUCCGUGAUCGAUUCCCUACACGGUGAUUGAUGUCCAGUCGAGAGUGAUCCGCCGCAGGAAUUUGUUCCGGGAGUUCUGCUCGGAGGAUUUGAGAGUGCAUUGUGUUGAGUGGAUGUGGGGAACGCUUCGUGGGUCUUAGAGAACUGGGAGGCUGGGUGGAGUAAGUUCUGCGAUCUGAGAUAUUCUGGGGAAUCGCGUGUGAAUAUUUAUGGCGGGAUUCAUCGAUGUCCUGCGCUUAGGCGCAUUGGAUCAAGCAGUAGCAAGUUCCGCGGAGCUUUAUGGUCGUUCUCGGCAGCACGAUCUUAGAUGUGGAUCACCUCGGAGGCAGCGCGUAAUGGUGCGUGCCGCAGCGGAGGGUCCAGAUUUGAGUGUCACCGUAAAUGGUUUAAAAUUUGCGAACCCAUUUGUUAUUGGAUCAGGACCUCCAGGUACCAAUUACACUGUCAUGAAGCGUGCAUUCGAAGAAGGAUGGGGCGGUGUUAUUGCUAAAACAGUGUCGCUAGAUUCAUCCAAGGUGGUGAAUGUGACCCCACGCUACGCAAGACUUAAGGCAUCUGGAGCCCCCGGAACCAAACCCGAGGUCAUCGGAUGGCAGAAUAUUGAGCUAAUCAGUGACCGCCCUUUUGAGACUAUGCUUGCAGAGAUGAAGCAGCUAAAGGAGGAGUUCCCUGACCGUAUCCUCAUUGCAUCUAUUAUGGAGGAGUAUAACCGUGAUGCCUGGGAGGAGAUCAUUGAGCGUGUCGAAGAAGCGGGUGUGGAUGCUUUUGAGAUAAACUUUUCGUGUCCUCAUGGGAUGCCGGAGAGAAAGAUGGGUAUGGCCAUGGGACAAGAUUGUUCUGUUCUGGAAGAGGUUUGCGGCUGGAUCAAUGCAAAGGCUACUAUACCAGUUUGGGCUAAGAUGACGCCCAACAUCACAGACAUUACUCAGCCAGCACGCACAGCUCUGAGAUCAGGUUGUGAGGGAGUGGCAGCAAUAAAUACAAUCAUGAGUGUCAUGGGUAUCAACCUUGACACUUUGCGACCCGAGCCGUGUGUUGAGGGUUACUCAACACCUGGUGGCUAUUCAUGCAAAGCUGUACGGCCAAUUGCGCUUGCAAAGGUUAUGUCUAUUGCUCAAAUGAUGAAGACUGAGUUUCCCGGUCAAGAUAGAUCCCUGUCUGGUAUUGGCGGAGUGGAGAGUGGCAGUCAUGCUGCCGAGUUCAUACUUCUUGGCGCCAGCACCGUACAAGUAUGUACUGGUGUUAUGCUGCACGGCUAUGGCCAUGUCAAGACAAUGUGUACAGAACUACAAGCGUUCAUGGACAAACAUGGUUUCAUAUCUAUUGAAGAUUUUCGGGGGGCCUCUUUGGGGUAUUUCACUACGCAUGCCGAUUUAGUGCAACGACAGAAAGAGGCCGUUAAGAUUAAAAAGAAGCAGCGGAAGGGUUUGUCCUCCGACAAGGAUUGGACAGGGGAGGGCUUUGUCGCGGAGACUGAAACUAUGGUCUCCAACUAAGGAGUUCAGCUUCCAUUGAAGCUGUGAAUGUGGACGUUGGGCUACAAGUCAUUCAUUAGCAACUGCUAAAGCAUUACAUCCGUUGCUACGUUGAUGAAAUCUGUGAUUUAGUGUAAAGAUGUUUGUCAGGUUUAGAACAGAGGAGGCGGAUUAUUUACAGUCAAGAACUAGGAUCAUUGUCACAUUUCUAGUUCACAGGCAUAGUAAGUCAUUAUUCCAAUGCAGUGAUGUAUGUGUCUUACACGGUUCAACAUCUUAUCCGAAGGGUGGAGAAUUUCCAUACCUGUGUUACACUGAAAAUUGGACGUUUGAAUAUAGUCAUAAUUUUCUCCAA